AAGAGCGGUUCUACGUACUACCUAUGUCUCGGAAUCGGAAUCGAUGUGUUGGUGGGCUGUGUCGGAGUCCCGUAUAAAUAUAAUACCUCCUUGGUCAGAAAUCACUUCGUACCUAGCGCUUGACAACGCAAGUGUCCAGUAGCCAGCAGCGAGAGCUCACAGUCUUACUCACAGUCUAACUGGAAAAGUAUUUUCCGAGAUUUCUAAGGAGGUCUGAAGAUUGGUGAUUUUUGAAAGAUUUUUAUAUCGUGACUUUGGGUGUGAUAGAAGAUAAUUAGUGGUGACAAGUGUAACAAACAUCUGUUAAUAAAGUGAAAGACUAUACGCAGCAAUCUAUAUCUGAUCAGCAGAGCAAUCCGCGAAAAUGAUGUUCCUGCUACUGUUUGUGAUAACGUGCUUUUGGAACUACGGCCCGGUGCGGGGUGCCCCGUACGCAUCCGAAGUGACCAUGGAGGAGCUGGUGCUCCCCGAGUCCAAGGUGCUCGAUUUCGACAAUCUGACCGAAAGCGAGCGGGUCGACCUGGUCCGCAAUCAGAUCAACAUAACGGCGGUCAAGCUGCAGCAGCAACUGCUGCGUGCGGCGGCCGCCCAGAAAAACAUGCAACGCGCCGGGGCACCGAUGGCCGUUAAGCAAAGUGGCGGCGAGUCGAACAUCUCGAGCCACGUGCAGAACCGGAAAAACAUCGAGAAGCACAUCAUAGGCAACAUCCGACACAACAUCGAGUCCAACCUGAUGCGCAACGACAGUUUCGGCCACGUCGGAGCAACCCACGAAAUGGCGUUUUCCGCGGUCUGUGACCUGCCCAAGCAUACCAACCAGAGCUUCUGGGACGACCAGUCCACAUGGAACCUAUUCUUUCGUUUUCCUCACAGCAAGCUGUACAAUUCUGUUAGCUCGGCUAUGUUGAGGUUGUACAUGAACGGCGCCGACAAUUCGACCGAAUCGUGGAACCGUCGCGACUCCGACAACUGCAAGAACCCCGCCGAGGAAAUGAUUCGUGUUACCGUUUCCGUGUACUGGCGCAAGAGGAACAACACGUUGACCGAGCGCAAGAAACGUAUGUGCAGUAGCAUUACCAUUACUCGCAACUUCCGCGGCUGGAUCACCUUGGAUACGCUUCUGGCGGUCAAACUGUGGGACAAACCGUACCGCAAUUUGGGCAUUGCUAUCGACGUUCAGGACCAGGAUGACAACCCGCUACCAGCGGCUCAGUUCUUCCAGGCAACCGAUUGCUCCGAGGCAAGUAAAGCAAACGCAACAGCAGCCGUACUUCCAUGGAACUUUUUCCGAAACUCACUCUCAUGGUCCUCUGAUGAAAUGGACGAUGUGCCACACGUCCCACGCAUAGACGUCAUGCUGCACAAGACGAUCUCGCAGCAUCCGCACUUCUUCAGCGCGCACCACAACCGCCCUCACAUAUUCCGCCAGCAUCCACAGCACCAGCAGCAGCAGAAGUUUCACUACGGAGGCAACGUGCGCUACCGGCUGGAGAACGGAUCCGGAGCAACGGCUUCGUCGUCAACGUCCGCCUUCGGUAACUCGUACGAAAUGGACGAAACGGUCGAGAUCAAGCAGCACCAGCCGUCGGUUCACGCGCACCACUCGUUGACCAAACCGCACAAGAAACGGCACCUGAACCACCAGCAGCAGCACCUGUCGCACCUGGUGAGGCCGUCGUCCCUGGAUGCCGAAGAGUCUGCGGAAAGUGAGGAAUACUAUUCGGUGUCGGCAUCUCUCGAGGAGCGGAAACUCUGAUUCGGCGGCGGUGGAGGCGGAGCUUAGACGGAGCGAAACGUGAGUUGUGUAAUGCCAUGACGCAGUGUAGUGUUGGGUGGUGCGGUUCUCCAAGUAGUAUUAGGAACUAGCUUUAGGGAGUUUGAUUUUCAUGUUCUCUUUUUUGUUGAAGUUUAAUUUUUUUUGUGGUUGAGUUGAAAUCAGGUGCAGUGAAAUGAGUGAUUGAGUAGAAUGUAACUCCAUGAGUACAGGAUUUCUGUUAGAUUACGCUAAGUAACAAAUAGCUUGUAAAUUUUGUAAAUUUCAUGCGAAUUCCUUAAGUUC